CCACAAGAAAAAUGCAGAAAGCUUGGGUGUACGAAGAAUAUGGCUCCGUGGAAGAGCUUAAGCUCAGCAAUAAUAUUCAGUGUCCUACUCCCAAACAUAACCAAUUGCUCGUUCAAGUUCGAGCUGCUUCUUUGAAUCCGAUUGAUUGCAAGAGGCGUCAACGUCCCAUCUUUCCUUCAGAUUUUCCCGUGAUCCCAGGAUGUGACAUGGCAGGAGUGGUGAUUGCAAAAGGUAUUGCCGUUACAAAAUUCAAGAUUGGCGACGAAGUCUACGGUAACAUCCAAGACUUCAACAAUGGAAAAACAUUGAAACAGCUUGGAACACUGGCACAGUUGAUAGUGGUGGAAGAGAGUUUAGUUGCAAAGAAACCGAAGUGCCUUUCGUUCGAGGAGGCGGCGAGCUUGCCGUUGGCGGUUCAGACGGCGGUGGAGGGCUUCGAAACCGGAAAGUUUAAAGAAGGGCAGAACAUGUUUGUGGUAGGUGGAGGAGGCGGUGUUGGAAGUUUGGUGAUUCAAUUGGCUAAGUAUUUGUAUGGAGCUUCUUGUGUUGUGGCCACAACAAGUGCUCCUAAAGUUGAGUCUGUGAAGAAGCUGGGUGCUGAUAAGGUUGUCGAUUAUAGGAAAACAAACUAUGAAGACAUUCAUGACAAGUUUGACUUUGUCUACGACACAGUUGGUGAUAGUAAGAACUCGCAUGUGGCAGCAAAAGAUGAAGGGGUCAUUGUGGAUAUAACAUGGCCUCCCUCGCAUCCAAGAGCAAUUUAUUCAAGCUUGACAGUUUCUGGGGAAGUCUUAGAGAAACUAAGGCCAUGUUUGGAGAGUGGCAGGCUCAAAGCUGUGAUUGAUCCCACAGGUCCCUUUGCAUUUAACGACGUCGUUGAAGCUUUUCGAUAUCUUGAAACCGGACGAGCUUGGGGAAAAGUCGUCAUCUCUAACUUCCCUUCUUGACAAUAAUAAAUUAAUAAUAACGGUUUUCUCUUAUAAAUUAUAUAUUUAUAUUAAUUAAUUGCUAUGAUGGUUGUCAUUGAUUAUUCCUCUAUAUAUAAAAAUGGGAAAUGGCUUUCAUUGUAACUUUAAUAGCCAAAUAUACAUUGUAAUUUUUACCUAAGGUAAUAAUAUAUCCUUUUUAAACA